AUGAUCAAUCAGGUGUGUACCAGGUUACCGCGAAGCCAUCUCCAAGAUAUAGUGAAGCUCAAUCUUAAAGACUGUUGUCUUAUUGCGUCAUGCACCAAUGAAGAGAGCCCGAAUACGUUCAGAUUUUGCUAGCCCAACAAGAAUAAAUUUAGGAGAUAAUCUAGAGAGAGAGAACAAUCAGAAUUGUUCUAAUCAACUUACAUGUUCGUUGGAACAAGGUAGAAGUGGACCACUGAACUCUCGGGCUGUUUGGGGUGUACGUUCCUCUUGCCUUGGAAUUAUGAGAACUGGGGAGAAUCGUUCAAAAGCUGUCGAGACGGUUGUUUCGCAAAGAGCCCUACAAAUGGGCACCUCAUUUCCAUGCCGAAUCUGUGUGGUUGGUUUUCUCUUCGGGGUUUGUCUUACGACGUUAUUCCUGGCUGCUCUCACUUCAGGCAGCUUUGCCUUUGGAGGGAUUUCGUUCUCUUCGUUUUCAAAUGGAAUCGCUUCUUGGAACCCGAACACUUCAGAUAUGAGCAAUAUCGAUCAGGAGAAAGUGUCUUUCUUGUACUCGGCUUGGAGUGCUUUGCUCAACGAAUCAAUGAAAGGCCAAGGUGAUCAGUCGCCGCAAGGUGCAGAUCAAGUGAGGAAUGUGCCGAAAGCCCCUCACUUGGAGGAUUGCAAGCUGAGUGCACAAGUCAACAAGAAACUCGAUAAGCGUGUCGAAAAUGAGAGCUUUCCUCCUUGGACGCUGUGGAAGGGACUCUUAGAUACUUACCCAUCUAGCGAGGCGCGCAAGUCUGAUGAAGGUGCUCAUCCUCCGUGGGUAGCGGGAUCGGACGAAGACAAUUAUCCACUGACUAGGAAAGUGCAGCGAGACAUAUGGGUUCACCAGCACCCUGUGGACUGCAAUGAUCCUGAUGUGAAGUUUCUUCUUGCUGACUGGGAAACGUUGGCAAGGUUAGGCAUGGGAGCUCAGUUUAACGCAAUGAUCGGGCUCCUUGCUAUGGCGAUCGACGAAAAAAGGGUCCUCGUUACGAACUACUAUAAUCGGGCGGACCAUGACGGGUGUAAAGGGUCAUCGCGCUCUAGUUGGUCUUGUUACUUCUUUCCAGAAACAUCCCAAGAAUGCCGAGAACGUGCAUGGAAGUUAAAGGAGGACAAGGAAGCAUGGGAGAAAGGAAUCAUAACAGGAAACGCCAAGUAUACAGUAAACCAAGUAUGGUUUAAUGGGGGUCCUAGGAUUUGGGGUGAUCCUUGGAGUUACAUGCAGCCUACAGCUGAUAUAGACGGAAAACUGAUUGCUUCUCAUCGCAACAUGGAUACACGGUGGUGGCGAGCCCAGGGACUCCGCUACCUAAUGAGAUUUCAGACUGAGUAUACCUGCAACUUGCUAAAUGCUGAACGUCAUGCUGCCUUCGGACGGGAGGCUGCUAAAAUGGUGGUUCUUGCAACACCCGCCAAAAAAUGGCGCGAGGAAGUUACAGAAGAACCUCAGUCUGACAUAGAACGAUUUGUAUGGUCCAAUCACAAACCGUGGAUUCCUAGGCCAUUGCUAAGCAUGCAUGUGAGGAUGGGCGAUAAGGCAAGCGAAAUGAAGGUAGUUGGAUUUGAAGGGUACAUGAAUCUUGCUGAACGCACAAGAAAGCGCUUCCCAAAUGUUCACAACAUCUUGGUAUCCUCUGAGAUGCAGGAGGUCAUCGAUAAAUUGAGAUCAUACCCCGGUUGGAAUUUCUACUACACAAACGUGACACGACAGGUGGGGGACACGUCAAUGGCUGAUUACUCAGCAAGUCUAGGCCCGGAAGUCAGCACAAAUUACCCUCUGGUUAAUUUCUUGAUGGCUGUCGACUCAGACUUCUUCGUCGGAGCCUUGGGUUCCACCUGGUCCUAUCUUAUAGACGGCAUGAGGAACACCGGAGGAAAAGUAAUGGCCGGCUACUUAAGCGUCAACAGGGAUCGGUUUUGGUAGCUAGAGAUUAAAUAGAUAAAGCCGGCGGCUGGCUAUAACACGGCCAAGUCGAGAGCUUAGGUGAAGACUCUGGCGACAUCUUGGGAAUUUAUCAUACUUGACCUCAUUAGGGUUUUUACUCAUGGCUUCCGCACUUUGUAAAAUCUUUUUGGUGGACAUUGAAACUCCUUUUUCUAUUGGUGGCACAUAGUUAUUAUUUGACUUAUGGGAUAUUAAUUAAUUGGUUGUUAAGUAC